CCGGAUGUGACGCUCCGGAUUUCCUCUUCUGAGUCCGAGGACUGUGACGACCUUAUCUGAGGAAGGUGCACCCUAGUCAGCAGAGGAACGAGUCGCUGCAGGCACUGUCAGGUGUCAAGGUAGUGAUUCUUCAUUGCCUGCCCUCCUGUCCACACUCCUGCCUACUGCCACCCACAAGGGUCAUCAUGUCUCAGGAUCAGGAGAGUCCACGAUGCACACAUGAUCAGCACCUUCAGACCUUCAGUGAGACCCAGAGCCUGGAGGUUGCACAGGUCUCCAAGCCUCUGGAGAAGACCUUCCUCUCCUCCUCCCAUCCUCUAGUGCCUGGCAAAGUGAAGGAAGCUCCUGCUGCUAAGGCAGAGAGUCCUCUUGAGGUUCCUCAGAGUUUCUGCUCCUCUUCCAUUGCUGUCACAACCACCUCAUCAAGUGAAUCUGAUGAGGCUUCUAGCAAUCAACAAGAGGAAGAUAGUCCAAGCUCCUCAGAGGAUACAUCAGACCCCAGGAAUGUGCCCGCAGAUGCUCUCGACCAGAAGGUGGCUUUUUUGGUGAAUUUCAUGCUGCACAAGUAUCAGAUGAAAAAGCCAAUAACAAAGGCAGAUAUGUUGAAGAUUAUCAUCAAAGAUGAUGAGAGCCACUUCUCUGAGAUCCUCCUGAGAGCUUCUGAGCGCCUAGAGAUGAUAUUUGGCCUUGAUGUGGUGGAGGUGGACCCCACCACCCAUUGCUAUGGCCUCUUCAUCAAACUGGGCCUCACCUAUGAUGGGAUGCUGAGUGGUGAAAAGGGUGUGCCCAAGACUGGCCUCCUGAUACUUGUCCUGGGUGUGAUCUUCAUGAAGGGCAACCGUGCCACUGAAGAGGAAGUCUGGGAAGUGCUGAAUUUGACGGGAGUAUAUUCUGGGAAGAAGCACUUCAUCUUUGGAGAGCCCAGAGAGCUCAUCACCAAAGAUUUUGUGAAAGAGAAGUACCUGGAGUACCAGCAGGUGGCCAACAGUGAUCCUGCACGAUAUGAAUUCCUGUGGGGCCCAAGAGCCAAAGCUGAAGCCAGCAAGAUGAAAGUCCUGGAGUUUGUGGCCAAAGUUCAUGGGUCUCACCCACAUUCUUUCCCAUCUCAGUAUGCGGAAGCUCUGAAAGAGGAAGAAGAGAGAGCUAGAGCCAGAAUUUGAGUCAGGGCUGACUCCAUUUCCACAGCCACUGUGAGUUCCAGUGCUAUGUUUGGUAGCUUCUCCCAUACCUAGUGAAGACAAGGAUAGAUGUUUUAUGUAACGUUUGCAGAAGGCAGUUAGUGUUCAAGGAUGCAGGUCCAGGGUGGGGCUGGAGGAAAAAUAGUAUAUAUCAUCUGUAUCCCUAUUUUGUAUGUGUAACUUGACAGUUUAUUCUUUUAUUUUUUAAUGGCUAUAUUAUUCAGAUGAUGUUUCUUUUAAUAGUUUAGGUGGUUUCCAGAUCUCUUAAGUUUUGAAUAAUAUUAGUCAUCCAUUUAAUGUUUUUCAUGAGGUUUAGUGGCAUAUAUUUUGCUGAUUUUGUAAAACAGAUUGGGAAACCAUCUAUAUUGUGUUCUGAUAUAGGAUGACAUGACAUUACUAAGAACUCUGCUUUUAAAUAUCCGUUUAAUGUUUUGCAUGCAGCUUAGUAGCAAAAGUUUUGUUAAUUUUGUAAAACAGAUUAGAAAACCAUCCAUCUAUAUUGUGGUCUAGUAUAGCAUGACAUGACAUUGCUAAGAACUUUGCUUUAAAAUAUUUGGAAUAAAAAAUAGAUAAAAGA